GUUGGCGGCAGAGCAGGAACCGAGAGCAGCGAAAGGCCAGCAGUGGCUGGAUAGAAAAUGACACCUUUGCUGUCGGGCUGAAUGACAGGCAUCUGAUUUCAAAUUACCUGGUGGACUGGGUGGUGAUGCAACCCUCUUGCCAGCGUUCCCUUACUUCCUAAUACUAGUGGUCUUCCUGAGAGCAUCACACUAAGGACGAAGGGCAGAGACCUCCUUCACUGGUGGCAUCACCCCACCCAUCCACCUGCCAGGGAGCCUCCUGGCAAGCACUGAAGCCAGAAGCUGAUGCCAUCCCCAGGCUCGGGCUGGGGUUCAGCAGGUUCCAGGUCAGACCCAGGGGCACAAGGACUGUUCUAGCAACCCCUUUGUGUGUGGACAACCUUGCCUUUCCUGGGAGGGAAUGGGGAAGAGGUGCACCCUCUGGCAUUCAACUCUCUUCUGGGCACUAAGGAAGCAGGCACCAUGUGUACAACAGCAGAGGUUGCGUGGUAACGGCAGCAGGAAGGCGUCAGCCCUGCCCUCCUCGCUCCCCACAGUGCGCCAAGAAGAGCGAGGAGGUCUUAUCUCAACUGUCAAAAUGGAGCUUGACAUCCAGUGUGAGGAGAUGAGCCCAUCUAGAUGGGCUGAACUUCUGUCCACCAUGAAAUCCUGCAAAACCAUCAGGCUGGAUGACUGCAAUCUCUCCAGCAGUAACUGCGAGGAUCUCUCCUCCAUCAUCAAUAUGAAUCCGUCCCUCACCGAGCUGAAGCUGAACAACAAUGAACUGGGAGAUGCAGGCAUUGAAUACCUGUGUAAAGGGUUGCUGAUGCCAAGCUGUAGCCUACAGAAGUUAUGGCUGCAAAACUGCAAUCUGACGAGUGCCAGCUGUGAGACUCUCCGCUCCGUCCUCAGCGCACAGCCGUCCCUGACAGAGCUGCACGUGGGUGAUAACAAACUGGGAACUGCUGGAGUGAAGGUGCUGUGUCAAGGGAUGAUGAACCCCAACUGUAAGCUGCAGAAGCUGCAGCUGGAGUAUUGUGAACUCACAGCUGACAUUGUGGAAGCUCUCAAUGCCGCUCUGCAAAGCAAGCCCACCCUGAAGGAGCUCAGCCUGAGUAACAACACGCUGGGGGAUACAGCUGUAAAGCAGCUGUGCCGGGGACUGGUGGAGGCAAGCUGCAACCUAGAGCUAUUACACCUGGAGAACUGUGGCAUAACCAGCGAUAGCUGUCGGGAAAUCAGCGCUGUUCUCAGUAACAAGUCAUCGCUGCUAGAUCUCUCCGUGGGGGAUAACAAGAUCGGGGACUCUGGUCUGGCUCUGCUGUGCCAAGGACUGAUGCAUCCUAACUGCAAAAUCCAGAAGCUAUGGUUAUGGGACUGUGAUCUCACAAGUGCUAGCUGUAAAGAUCUCUCCAGACUCAUCAGUACAAAAGAGACCCUCACAGAGAUCAGUCUGAUAGACAAUAACCUGAGAGACUCGGGGAUGGAAAUGCUGUGUCAGGCGCUCAAGGAUCCCAGAUCUAAACUCCAGGAGCUAUGGGUUAGGGAGUGCGGGCUCACAACCGCUUGCUGCAAGGCCGUCAGCUCCGCUCUCAGUGUGAACAAGAAUUUGAAAGUACUGCACAUCGGCGAGAACAAGUUGGGAGAUGCAGGUGUUGAACUCAUGUGUGAAGGGCUGCUGCACCCCAACUGCAACAUCCAGUCCCUGUGGCUGGGUAACUGCGAUAUCACGGCAGCCUGCUGUGCAAGCCUCGCCACCGUCAUGGUCACCAAGCAGUGCCUUACCGAGCUGGACCUGAGCUACAACUCUCUGGAAGAUGAAGGCAUCAGGAAGAUCUGUGAAGCCUUGAGGAAUCCCAGCUGCAACCUGCAGCAGUUAAUUUUGUAUGAUAUUUUCUGGAGUUCUGAAGUGGAUGAUGAACUGAGAGCCCUAGAAGAGUCCAAGCCUGAAGUGAAGAUCAUUUCAUGAGUGGUGACUGCCUGCAGAGCAACGUCAAAACAACGUCCUUUUCUUAAUCUGAACUGUUUAAUACAUAAAGCUAAUUAACUUAAUAGAGAACUUGCUUUGUACCAAAAACGUUUGUGGAUUCCCUGAGUGGGUGUCCGGGGAGCUGAUCAACCUUCGGUGCAUCUCUGGAUGUACUAACUCUGAGGCUUGUGAAAACGUUGUACAUUUUCACUGCAGCAUUACUAUCCUUGAAAUAAACAAAUACUGGGCAUCUUCUAGAAGUGGGUCUUUACCCUUUAGGAGCUCUUUAAUCCUAUAAUCCCUUCUAACGCGUUAGUCAGGCUUUAAAGAGAGCUCUUUUCCAAAGGCAGGAGGAGAACUACCUACUGUAUUAUUACGGGGUGGUGCUUUCACCAGGUUUCUGGGGAAGGCUUUCCAAAAAAAUAAUAAUUUUUUUUUUUUUUAAAUCCACAAUGGAGCUCUCCCCUGCCUUUCCCUAGAAGAGAUCUUGGAGAAGCAGGGGUGGCCAAGGCACUAGAGAAGAAAGAAAGGAAGGAGUGGCUGUUCAGCAACGUAACUUCAAAAUUGGUGUCCCUUGAAAAGUGAUUUUCCUACAAACAAAAGAUGCUGUGUGCAUUUCUGCUAGUACAGGAAAUGAUUAAAUGGUUUGAUAUGUUUGCUCUGGCAAGAGUGGUUCUACAGGAACUUUAAUAAAGUCUGUUUGCAAAUAAA